AUGAAGUUUCUCGAAGUCCUUGCACUGACAGUGCUCCUGUCCUCGCCCGCUACUGCCUCCUGCGUCGUAGACCCAGACUCUAAAGAGAGCAUCUUCCACCUCGUCAACAAAGACCUCGUACCAUUUGUCAAAAGGGACAACAACCUCGAGCAAGCUGAAGACAAGACCGGACUCCCUGCCACCAAAGAGGAUGUCCCCGUCUUUCACUUCCAGAAAGCUCAGAAUGCUCCACAAGGCGUGUACGACUUGAUCCUGGCCGACGAUGACACGGCAAAGUCGCAAUUUGUCGGCAGAACGGAUGAUGGAAGCCUGGUCCUCACUUCCGCGUCCACCGGACCAUCUGGCCAGCGUGUCGACGGCAAGAACGUAGCGACUUCAAUCUUCACCGUCGAUUGCAAGGGUAACGUCGGCUUCUCGCAAGAAAGCAAGACUUCAUCGCUCACUGCCCGGUCGGCCUCCUCGAUUGGAGCCAUGAUUGCAUUCAACUACGAUCCGCAAUUCAUGGACGAUCGACUCGAGAAGGAAGCCUCCCGCCGCCUCUUAACAAAGAGAGAUGAGGCUUACCGAUGCCCGCCCGGACAAGGAGGCCAUGUCAAGCCGGGUGCUCGCGAUCCAACGAUCAACGGCUGUGGCAGCGAGAAGUACCACCACUACGUUCCGGAAUUCAACUUUGGCCCCUGCUGCGAUCAACACGACUUUUGUUUCGACGAUUGCGGCGCCCCUUCGCUGUCCAGCUGCAACAACACCUUUGGUAUGUGUAUGGAAUACGCCUGCGAUUCGCGUUAUAGCUCUGGGAUCAAGAAGUUACUCCGAGCGCCUUGCCGGGGAGCUGCCAGAAUUUACCUCGACUACGUCAGUGGCAGCGUUGGGGUGUACUACUUCAACAAGUACACCCAGGAACGAUGCUAUUGCUCCCCGCUCUAA